AUGGGACCCAGAGCCCAGCAUGUGGACAUUCCAGAGAGGAUAUUGAGAGAAAAUGGACAAUACGGUGCUGAGAAAAAACCCUUGAGAGCUGUUAGUGUCACUGGAAGUUCCCUUGGGCCUGGAAGUGGUCGAACCAAGGAGCAGCUAAGCGAGCAAGGGUCGCACCGAUUUCUCCGGGAUUUCAAGGCACACGCGAUGCACUCGUUUUUGUCCAAAGUCUUCGGACGGAAGGAAAAGGACGCGGAAACUUCGCCCACGACUUUACGCCCCGGAGAACUGCUCGAUGGUAAAUUUGAAGCCAUCUCACCCAAUGUAUCACCCAGUGCUGCCAAUUUUCUUGAGUUAGAGGGAUCCAAGACCGAGGGAGAGAAUGGGAAGGAAAAGGAAAAGGAGAGGGACAAUCGAUUCUCCCUUUUCAAAGUCAAAUCGCGUCCGUCCCCCCCGCAAGUCUCGUACAAGGCCCCGAUACCUCUCCCCCAACUUUCGCUCGACUUUUCGACGUCGAAUGGAGAGCCUUCGUCGCGCACACUUGAAUCUUUCUUAUCGGUCGACCCCGACGCCAACAUCCUUCUGAGCGAUGCAAUUAUUGGACGACGUCGCUUAAAUCCUCUUGAGGCUCUUGUAUUGAUAAGGGCUUGUUCUCAAGCUAUUGUAGCUAGAGGCCUCGAAACACUGGGUGUAAUGCACCCUCAUUGGUAUUCCGCAUCCCCGGAAGUCCAACGCAGACUACUAUCCCAAUUCAUACAUUCUAUGGAACCGAAAACACCGCUAACCGCUAUCUCACUUACUCCCGCGCUAGUCUCGUCACCUUUUGAAUCCGAGAUCGAGUCUACCCGUUCACCCCAUGACGUCGCGGCCGUCCUCAGAUGGGGUCUCCGUCACCUCCAGCUGGAGGGCGACAGCUUUGGGACCGACGACGGCUGGUACAAGGCUUUCCUUGAUGCAGAAGCAGCCGCGGAGUACCCCCCUAAAGCCUUUUCAGAGAAGUUGGCUCCGGCCCUGCCAAAAGCGCAUCUCGAUCUCCUUGUUGCUACUUUGGAGAUAUUCUCCUCGCUUGCUGCACACUCCGAGGCCAACAGCACGUCUGGCAGCAAACUCUCGAAGAUUUUCGGUCUGUGGUUGUUAACCUCCAGACGCGUGGAGGACAAAGAUGACUGGAAAUCUUUCUAUGCCAGAUGGGAACGCAUGGGUCGAAUGCUCGAACAUUUGUUCUUAUCUCGAAUUCGCGAUGAAUCUACCGACCAACGCAUGCCCGUUCGUCUACUCGAACUUGUACGAAGAUACCCAUAUACCCAAGGACUCUCACCACCUACUACGGAUGUACAGUUUUUAUCCCCACCACACUUCACUACCCGACUCUACGACGCUCUUUACGUUCGCAUUGAAGUCGAACUAUCAUCUGAGAGGCGCAAGCCUAAGUUGAAGGUCCACCCUCUCAACAUUCUCGCCGACGCGUUUUCCACUAAAGUCGAAGGUGGAGAAUACGCCGAGCUAUGGGCGAAGAUUACAGCUGCGUCGAAGACAGGCAGCAACCCAUCGCCUCUCAGCAACAUCUUCGCCGACGAGACGAUCCGGUUCCUCUCCAUCGUCCCAGACAAAGGCUCGGAGAAAGCACAGGAGGCGAAAUCGCCCGUGUUUAGUCUGCUCUCGCCGUCUCUUGCGCGCGGACACUCAGCGUCUGUGGGCGAGACCGACAGACCUGUGUCGUCCCCGUCUCGCGGCUACUCCUUCUCUGUUGGCGAGCAGAGCAGGCCGUCGCAUCAGCAUAGCAAGUCCGCCACGGAGCCCCCAGCCACGUCUGCUAUUGGCAGUGACUGGGUGCAGUUCUCAGCGUCUGGUUUCCUCGACUCGACGCCUGCAAUGGCCCCGCUCGUGUCGACGCUAUUCGACACGGAUCUGGAGAAGACUACUCCAGUCACCACGACGCUCUCGAGGAAGUCGAGCAAGCGCGGCAAAGCCGUUUCGAGGAAGAGCGUCGACUUUUCGGCCGAACCUGUGCCACCCGUCUCACCCCCGCCGCCUGCAGACCCUGUCAAGAAGGAGGCGACCGCCAUCGUCCGCGCUACCAAGCUCGAAGUCAUCGAGCUUGACGAAGCGUUCAUCGAUUUCUGGAGCGACUCGCUGCUCGAUCCUAUCACAGCGACAUGGCCGACCUUUAUCAUCUGCAAGUUCAAGUCGACCCUCGUUCCGCAGCUUCUGUACGGCCCCGUUCAAGAGGGCGGCAAGCAGAAGACGCUCAAGUGGCUUGUUCUUGAACAGGCAUUCACUGUGCGGCCCGCGCCACCACCAUCGCCGUCAGCUGUCCCGCGCCCGGAAUCUGCGCGCCCCGUCUCCCCUGCGCUCUCGACGUCGGGCAGAAACCGCUUCAGCUUCUGGAGCAUGUCGCGCACUGCAUCGAGCUCGUCACAGUCGUCGCAGAAAGGCAAGAAGAAGGAGAGAGCGCUGAAUGUUGGCGAGAUGGGCGAGCUUAUCGAGGAGCCCGCCGAGCAGGCUAAGCAGGAGGUUGUGCAGCUGAAGGCUGCGCCGUCCAAGUCCAAGUCGUCCAAAGCGGAGAAGGCGCAGAAGCCUAUCGAGAAACCUGUCGAGGCCGCGAAGCAGCCUGCUGAUACGACCGACACGCCAGACCUCGAGACGGCUGCUAUUGCGGCUGGAGCAGCGAUUACAGCUGCAAUCGCUGGAGCUGCUGCUGCUAAAGCUGCUGCUCCUGCCGCUGAGGUUCCGGAGCCAGCUGUCGAAACUCAGGCAGAGACACCAGCGCCAGCUGUUGAGGAACCUGCCACCGUCAGCGAGACUCCUGCUGCCGUUGCAGAAUCCGAAGCACCAGCACCAGCUGUUGAGGAGCCUGCACCAGUCAGCGAGACUCCUGCUGCAGUUGCAGAAUCCGCAGCACCAGCUGCAGAAGUCUCUCCUCCUGUCACUGAGGCUCCUGCUAUCUCUGAACCCGAAGUUCUUGCAACGGAAGUCGAGGCCCCUGUUCUUGAAGCACCCGUUGAAGCUAAACAUGAAGCUGCAGUUGAAGAGAUCCAAGCCCCCGUCUCCAAACUGCUACCUUCGACGGAUGUGUCCUCUGUGUCCGAGGCUCAGGAAACAACUGUGGAACCAGAACUCACUUCUACGGAACCUCAAGCCCCCGUUGUCGAAGAAGUGCUUACACAGGAUGCAUCGACUGACGAUAAUGCAACUGUAACUGAAGUUCCGGUUUCUGAAUCUCAAGUUGCAGUUGCUGAAGCUCCAUCGGCGGUGGCUACUGCUGAAGCGGACGAAUCUGUACCAGAGCCUCAAGUUCCAACAGCUGAAGCUAUUGCUCCUGCUGUAAACGCUGACCUUGUCGUGCCCGAAGCUCAAGAUGAAUUCGUUGUCGUCGAGCCCGGACCGCCAGUCAUCACAGACGUGGAAACAGAUGUUCCGCUUCUUGAACAAGUCUCUGAAGAGCAUGCCAGUGCAAUUGUCGAGUCUGUGCCGCCGCCUGCUACUGCGGCCGAAGAACCUGUUGUCACAGCUCCUACCGUUGUGGACAAACCUGCCGUUGAGGAACCUGUGGAAGAACACCCUGCCGAGGUUGCAGAGGUAGUGGUUGAAUCAAACGAACUCGAAUCGCCCGUUGUUGAAGCGCCCGCCGCUGUUGACGAAUUGCCAUCUACGACAACUGAAACCGCUGCCGUCAUUGACGAAGUCGCCACGUCGAAUGUUGAAGAAUUUGCGCCUGUUGAGGCAGCAGAUCUUACCGAGGCGCCAACCUCGAUUACCGAAACUCCCUUAGUUGAUGUUGACGCCGCGCAGGAGAGCAUUGAGGAAGAACCAAGGGUUACGGACAAGGAGCAAGAAGUCACCGAACAAGCAUCGCCUGAACCCCCAGCUGUCGAGGAAGCACAGCCAGUCGUUGAGGAGGACGUUGUGGUGGGAGAAGAACCGGUUGUUGAGCGGGAGAUUGUUGAUGAACAUGCGGCAGUUCGUGCAGAGGAAGAAGCGAUUGUUGACGAGGUAAGUUCCGUUGCAGUAGAGGAGAAAUCUGCUGUUGUGGAGGACACACCUGUCGUCGAGGAGGAAGCGCCAGUUGUUGAGGGAACACCAGCCGUCGAGGAGAAAACACUGGCGGUUGAGGAAGUACCAGUGGUCGAGGAAUCACCAGUGGUCAAGGAGGAAGCACCAGUAGUCGUGGAGGAGGCGCCAGCAGUUGAGAAGGAACCAGACGUUAAGGAGGAAGAAACACCUGUAGUUGACGUUGAGGAAACACCGGCUGCUGUUGAGAAAGCACCAAUAAUCGAGGAAGCCGCAGUAGUCGAGGAAGCAUCAGUGGUCGAGGAAGCACAACUGGUCGAGGAGGCACCGGUCGUCGAAGAAGCGCCCGUCAUUUCUGUUGCAGUGGAGGAGAAAUCAGCUCUUGACGAGGUUGCACCAGUCAUCGAGGAAUCACCUGUUGUUGAGGAAACUCCGGCUGCCGGAGAGAAAGUACCAGUGAUUGAGGACUCACCAGUUGUUCUGGAGGAAACACCGGCCGUUGUGGAAAGAGAAACCCCUGUGGUUGAAGAAAUGGCGCCCGUCAUCGAGAAUAUUCCUAUCGUGGAGGCGCCACCAACACCAGUGAUUGAGGACCACAUCCAGGAUGCCGAGCCUCUUGCAACCCAUGCUGAGGAGCCUGUUGCGGAGCAUUCAGUUUCAGGCACUGAUGUAGAGGUACCAGAGGUUGUUCAAACGGUGGAUGUUCUAACACUGUCAACCGUUAUUCAAACUGCUGAGGAAGAUUCUGUAACCCUCGCUGACCCGUCUUCGGUUCCUGUCGAAAUCGGCACCUCAACUGUUUCUGAACAUGAACAGGAAUCUCAAUCAGUCACGUUGGAAGAAGCCAUCGCCGAGGCUCAAGCCGCACCCAUCGUUGAGCAAGCUAUAGCUCAGCAAAAUGAACCCGAGGCUACUCAAGCUCUUUCUGAGACCCCAUCUGCGGAGCCUGAUUCGUGGGUCACCAUCGACAAGAUCGCCUCUGAUACCGAACCCGAAGCUUCUGCAGAUUCCGAGCCGACAGAAGUCGUCAUUCCGGUUGAGGAGAUUGUUCCUUCUCAGGUUUUGAAUGCCAUUCCUCCGCUCGACGACGAACUCAAUGCAGAAGAGGCGGAGGUACUGGAGCAUGCAUCCUCCGAUAUUCUGGAGGAAUCAUCCUUCGAAGUCAAUCCCGCUGAUCACUCUGGAGAUGAAGUUCAGCCUGAUCACGUCGCAGAACACAAUCUCUUGGCUGAACCAGCCCCUGUACCGUCGGAAGUUGCAGUCGAUGUGACCGAUGAAACGCCCUCCCUGGAGGAACCGACUUCAAUUCAACUUGACCAAACCAGGGAGGAUGUUGUUUCCGAGCCUGUACAAGUGGAUGCUGUUGUCCCCGACGUUGAAGAUAAACAACAAGAGGUAUCGGAUGCCGAGAUUGCUGAAAAUAUUAAACCAAAUGUUGACGAUGUGCCCCCACUUCCAGUCGACAGCCAGUCUAUGUACUCCGCUGAGACACCAGUAACGGUGGCCAAGGAGUCGACCGUUGUUGCUGAUAUUUUAGUUUCCGAACCUCAAGCUUUAGAUGCUGAUGCUCCAACCCCUGCUCCUGUUGCUGAGGUUGGCGACCUCCCUUCAAAUGCAGAAAUUCCUCCUGCUGUCGAGGCGUCUUCUCCAGUCUCGGAAGCUGUCGAACCCGAAGUGCCAGCUACAGAUAUCCUAACCCCAGUUGCCGAAGUUUCGGAUGCUUCUAAACCUGAAAACCUGUCCCAGGUUCCAAUUUCUGAUGUUCCAGUUACAGCUGAACUUGAUGAUCAAGUGGAUAGAUCUCUAGCUACUGAAUAUAUCCCUGAAUCAGACCAACCCCCUGUUGCUGAACACCAGGACGAUGGGGUUGAAUUACAACCCUUCAAAGCGGAUUAUCAGGCUCCUAUCGUUGAGGCUCCUGCCGCGGAACCUGAGGUAUCAGUCACAAAAGCUUCAGUGCGAGCGUCAGUUACUGAAGCCAGUGUUUCUAUACAGCAGAUUGAACCUCCGGCUACCGAAAUAACACCUAUCGUUAAUGGCGAACUUCAGAAUGUUAGUGCCGUUGAGGAGACUAAAUCACAAGAUACCUCUGCGGUCGCCGAACCCCAAACACUCAUUGCGGAAGUUGAAUCACCAGCUGUCGAGGUGCACGAGCAAGUCUCUGAAGAACCUGUCGGCAACGUCGAAGAUCAAGAACCAAUCGCUGAAGCCGUGAUACCCCCCAUCGUAGCACUACACGAAUCUGUUGCUGCAGUGCCCAAAGAGCCUGUCGACGAGGCAGUUGCACAAGAACAUCUUACAGACGUUGUGGAGGGACAAGAUGAGGUCGAAACACCACAUGUUGAAGUACCCGCGGCCAAUGACGAAGCAACCUUGAAUACCGAAGAUGCAACACCAUUUGUGUCUGCAGGUAUUCUCGAAGCGCCAACUUCCGUUACCGAAACAUCCCCCGCUGUCAUCGAGUCAUCGCAGACACAUGUUGAGGUAUCACAAGUUACUGAGAAGGAGCAACAAAUUGCCAAAGACGAAUCACCAUUCGUGGAGGAAACGCCAGCUGUUGAUGUGGAUGAACUGAGCGCCGAGGAGGACGUUGCUGCUGUCGAGCAGGAAGAUAUCGAGCCAGCUCGUGUGGAGGAACAAUUGGACCACACUUUGCAUUUCGAAAAGGGCGAGCCAGUUGUCGAGGAGGAAACACCUAUUGUCGAAGGGAAAAUAUCUGUUGCUGAGGAUGAAAAUGUUGUUGUCGAGGAGAAAAGCCUGGCCACCGAGCAAGCGACGAUUGUGGUUGAUAAGAAAGAGGCUGCAGUGGAAGACGAGGUACCUGUCGUCGUGGAAUUAUCUUCGAUAUCAAUUAUUGACGACUAUAUACAGGAUAAUGAAGCACUUACUACUGAUGUCUCAGAGCCAGUUGCUGAUAGUCAAUUCAAAGACGCCACUCAUGACGAUCAGCUAUCAGCCGUGGAGGUUUCAGCGCCAACUUUGGAGGCACCAGUAAACAAUGCUACAGCUAGUGAAGAAUUCCCGCCUCAAGGCAUAGCGGCUGAUAGUGGUGCCGCUGCCGAGGAACCUGCUACUUCUGAUCUCAUUGUUCCUCAGGAUAAUGCUGUGGAGGCCAUUGCUGAUACUCCAAAUGUUGAAGACAUUUUAGGAAGUGAUUCUGCUGAAAUUACUGAAUCAAAUGUCGACCUUCCAACUAUCGCUAAAGUGUCUCCUGUGGAGGAUUCACAGGCUUCGGAGGUUGUCCAAAAUGUCCAUUCCAAAGGCAAUGUAACUGAAGCUCAUGUUGCUCCGAUCGCGGAGUCCGACCUGGUUGUCGAUGUCGUCCAGUCAGAAGAAUUUGCAACUCCUGUUGCGAAAGUCACUCCAUUCCCUGGGCCGUCAGCGGAAUAUAUAUCGAAGGAGGCUUCAGGUCCUACAGAAGACUUUCCAACAGUCAUAGAGACGUCACCCAUCGAAGAGACCUUGUUGAUUGAAAAGACUUCGCCGAUUGAGCAGGAAAAUCCUGUUAUCGAGGGCAUGCCAGCCAUCGAGGAGAGUUCUGGCGUGGAGGAGACUCUGGUCACUGAAGAAACUCCCGCCGUUAAUGAUACACAUGCCAUUGAGGAGAUACCUGCUGUUGAGGAAGCCAUUGAAAAGGCACCAGCUGUUGAGGAAACAUUUGCCAUCGAGGAGGCACCGGCCGUUGACUUGGAGGAGAUGCCAUUGGAUACGACAAUAGCCAUUGAAGAGACGCCAGCUAUCGAGAAGGCACCUGCCUUCGAGGAGACUCCCAUCCUUGAAGAAAAUCCUGCCGUCUUGGAUACACCUGCUGUUGAGGGCAGUCCUGCAGUUGAUGAGUUAUCUUCCUAUGCUGAUACGCCAGCUGUUGAGGACUGCCCGGUUGUCUCGGAUACGCCUCCUGUUGAAGACACUCCUACUAUUGCAGAAACGCCUUUCGCUCCUGUUGUUGAGGACAUUCCUACCGUCGUGGAUACGCCCUCUGUUGCGGAAACUGCUGUUGUUGAGGAUACGCCUGCUGAAGAGGAGACACCUGCGGAAAAGGAGACAGCUGCCAUUGUGGAGACACCUACCGUCGCUGAUACACCUUCUGUUGAGGGCAUUCCGCCUGCUGUGGAGGAGACGCAUAUUGUUGAGGAUGCGCCCGCUGUUGAAGAAACACCUGCAGUUGAGGAGGCGUCUACCGUCGAGGAGAUUCUUGUUGCUGAGGAGACGCCUACUGUUGAGGACGCACCUGCUAUUGAAGACACCCCUGCCAAUACGCCUGCUGUUGAGGAGAUACCUGUAGUUGAGGAGAUAUCUGCUGCUCUGGAUACGCCUGGAGUUGAGGAUACGCCUGGAGUUAAGGAGACACCUGUGGUUGAGGACAUCCCUGCCAUUGAGGAGGCCUCUACAGUCGAGGAGACUUCUGAUGUUAAGGAGAGAGCUACCCUCGAGGAGAUUCCUGCUAUUGAGACACCUGCAGUUGAAGAGACACUUGCUGUUGAGGAGACACCUACUGUUGAGGAGACUCAUGUUGUUGAGGAGACCCUUGCAAUUGAGGAGACUCCUGCUGUUAAGGAUGUAUCUACCGUUGAGGAGACUCCUGUUUCUGGGCUUGCUAUUGAGGAAACAACUGCCGCCUCGGAUACGCCACCUGCUGUUGAUGAUACACCUGCUGUUGAUGAUAGGCAUGGAGUUGAGGAUACGCCUGCACUUGAAGAGACACCUGCAGUUAAGGAAAUUCUUGCCGUUGAGGAGACUUCUACCGUCGAGGAGAUAUCUGCCGCCACCGAUACGCCCGUAAUCGAGGAAACGCCUGCAGUCGAGGAGACCUUUACCAUCGAGGAGACCUCUGCCGUCGAAGAGACAUUUGCCAUUGAGGAGAAGCCUGCUGUCGAGCAAACUCCUGCAGUUGAGGAGAAGUCUGCAGUCGAGGAGAUGCCUGCUGUCGAGGAGACAAAUGUCGUUGAGGAAACGCCUGCAGUCCAGGAGACACCUGCCGUUGAGGAGACACCCGCCGUUGAGGAGACACCCGCCGUUGAGGAGACAUCUGUCAUUGAGGAGGAGCCUGUUAUCGAGGAGACACCUGCAGUUGAGGAGAAGUCGGUUGAGGAGACACCUGCAGUUGAGGAGACACCCACAGUGGAGGAGACAUCCGCCAUUGAGGAGACACCUGCAGUUGAGGAGACACCCACAGUGGAGGAGACAUCUGCCAUUGAGGACACACCCGCCGUUGAGGAGACACCCGCCGUUGAGGAGACACCCGCCGUUGAGGAGACACCCGCCGUUGAGGAGACAUCUGCCAUUGAGGAGGAGCCUGCUAUCGAGGAGACACCUGCAGUUGAGGAGAAGUCUGCAGUCGAGGAGAUGCCUGCAGUUGAGGAGAAGUCUGCAGUCGAGGAGAUGCCUGCUGUCGAGGAGACAAAUGCCGUUGAGGAAACGCCUGCAGUCCAGGAGACACCUGCCGUGGAGGAGACAUCCACCGAGGAGGAAAUAUCCGCUGUUGAGGAGACAUCUGCCAUUGAGGAGAAGCCUGUUAUCGAGGAGACACCUGCAGUUGAGGAGAAGUCUGCAGUCGAGGAGACACCCGCAGUGGAGGAGACACCCGCCGUGGAGGAGACAACCGCUGUUGAGGAGACAUCUGCCAUUGAGGAGGAACCUGCUAUCGAGGAGACACCUACAGUUGAGGAGAAGUCUGCAGUCGAGGAGAUGCCUGCAGUCGAGGAGACAAUUGCCGUUGAGGAAACGCCUGUAGUCCAGGAGACACCUGCCGUGGAAGAGACAUCUGCCGCGUCGGAUACGCAUGUUGCUGAGGAGUCAUUUACUGUCGAGGGGACCCCUCCUGUUGAGGAGAUAUCUACCGUCGAGGAGACUCUUGUUACUGAGGAGACGCCUGCUGUUGAGGACGCACCGACUCCUGCUGUUGAGGAGGCAAAGACAAUUGCUGUUGAAGAAACCUCUGCAGUCCAUGAGAGACCUGCCGUUGAGGAAACACCUGCAGAGGACAUUCCUGUAGUUGAAGAGACACUUGACGUUGAGGAGACAUCUGCCGCCUCGGAUACGCCUGCUGCUGAGGAGACGUCUGUUGUGGAGGAAACACCUACUGUUGAGGAGACGCCUGUUGUUCUAGAGAUGCCUGCUGUUCUGGAGAUGCCUGCUGUUGAGGACACCGCUGCUGUUGAGGAGACGCCCGCCAUUGAGGAGACACUUACCGUUCAGGAGACACCUGCCGUCUUGGAUAUGCCACCUACUGUUGAGGACACUCCUACCGUCUCAGAUACGCAUGUUGUUGAGGAGGCCCCUGCCGUGAAAGAGGUAUUUGUCACCUCGGAUAUGCCUGCUGUUGAGGACACUGCUGUAGUCUCGGAUCCUCCUGCUGUUGAAGAGACUCCCGUCAUCGCGCAAACGAUAGCUGUUGAUGAGAGCUCUACUAUUGAGGACAUGCCUGCUGCCGUCGAAGAGACUCCUGUCGUCUCGGAUAUGUCUGCGGUUGAGUACACUCCUGCCAUUGAGGAGACGCCUGCUACCGAGGAGACAACAGUUAUCGGGGAGACACCAUUGGUUGAGACGCUAGCCAAGGAAACUCCUGCCAUUGGAGAACUGUUAGUUGUUGAGGAGGCGCCAGGUGCUGAAACUCUAGCCAAUGAGGAGACGCCACCCAUCGAGGAGCCUCCUGCCAAUGAAGAUUCCACUGUCGCUGAAGAUACCUCUGCCGUCCACAAAACUGUUGACAAAACUCUUGUUUUUGAGGAUACUCCUGCUGUCGGUGAGCAGCAUGUCAUCGAGCAAGCUGUUGAUAAUACGCCUAUUGGUGAAGGAAAUGUUCUUGAGGUCACUCCCGCUCUCGAAGAAAAGUCUGCCGUCGAAGAAACAUCUGGCAUCGAUGAAGCCAAUGAGGAGACCCUAGCCGUCGAGGAAACUCCUGUCAUUGAGGAGAUUGGUAUCGUUGAGUGCAAACCAGUGUUGGAGACACCAGUCAUCACAGAAGCCAGUGAAGGCACGCCUGUCGUUGAACAGAUUGAGGAGUCGAAAGGUCCUGUAGAGAACACCCCGGAAACAGCCGAGCUCCCUGCUCACCAAGAACAAGAACAAAGCGAUGAUGUCGUGAAUGACCCUACUCUCAACCUGCUGCCCGUGGAUCCAGUAGAAGCCACACAAGAUGCUUCUCUUUUUGUUGAACAAAAUCUCACAGACUCAGAUAAUCCUCCUACAGAAGCGAUUGCUCGAGAUGCUCAGCCCUCUGAAGGACAAGCAGAAAUUCUCAAUAUUGUGUCCAGUGUGCCCACAACAGAAUCCAUCAUUGUUCCGGAAGAUUCACGCACAGAAGCAUUGGUCGAUCUCCCCCCUGUACCACUCGUUGAUGUGAACGUGGUCCCAGUCGUCCCCGACGACUCAACUCACACUACCAUCCUCAUCGAGGAUGCUCCUAUCAAUGAGCUCCCGAUAGUACACGAAGAAAGUUCGUCCCUUUAUGAUCACGAGAGUCAUCUAGUCCAAGAUCCUACCAUUCUUUCUGGGUCAACUCCUGCCCCACAUGUCGCCUUGAGUAUAUCUGAGCCGGACUUGAAGGAUGCUGUGGAGAACUCUAGAGAGCGUAUCGAUGAUGUACGUGAAGAUGAGCAGGCCGUAUCAACAGCUGAGGUGGUUAAUAUUGGUGAAGAAAAAUCUGUAGGCGACAAUACCUUGAACGAGGAAGGAAGUUCCCCCGCCGCUGCAGAAACACCCCUUGAGAAAGCAGACGAAUCUCUUGUAGCUACUGACACGUCGACAACCGACGUUACGCCUCCAAGCGCUGAAAUUGUUGUCGAAGCUCCCGCCACAGUCGAAUCCAGUCAUGAGGUCAAGCCUGCGCAUGCAAAUGCGCUAGAUGAUACGGUCGUCGAUAGCGAGUCGAAUCCGGCUGCUCAAGCCUUCGAAGUCCAAACAUCAGCUCCUCCUGUGAUUGAAGAAGUGUCACUCAUAUCUGAAGUUGACCAGGUUGUAUCAACUGCCGACAUCGACGUUGCUAAUUCUCCCGCAGAGGUUUCAGACGUGGUGACAUCACAUUCAGUGGAAAGAACUAUUGAACACACUCCUGAGCCUCCUGCUCCUGCUGUCGAACCAGCCGUUCCUGACCCUGUGGCGGAAGAAACUGUUGCUGAGGAACCCGUUCCUGUUGUCCUUGAAGAAUCUGACGACACCUCGCCUGCUGUUCAACCAGAGACUCCAUCUUUCGCUGGAACUCUCCCUCAACCCUCCACGCUCGAUGAACUUAAUGAGUCAACUGUUCAAUCGACGGAUGCUACAUCUAACACUGACACGGGCGUUUCAACUAUCGAUGUCCCUCCAGUAAUCUCGGAGCCCAUAUCCGAAUCAUCCCUGCCUCAGAAUGACAUUGCCGAAAUCAUUCCCACUGUUGAGGAAUCAGCAACAUCCGAUCUUGGCACCGAACCUUUAGUUUCUGUGCAAGAACCUUCAUCGUCUGAAUUAGCAGCUGACGAGCUUACUCCACCCGCCACCCAGGAAUCAGCAAUGACCGAAACCGAGGAACAUCAUUCCCUUGAUCGUGUUGAGAAUGUGUCCUCUGAACCUGAAGCCAGUGCUGAAUCUUCUACGCAUUUGAUUGCUGUCGCGGAACCCGUUCAGUCGACUGAAGUUCCCACACUCAGCACUGUAGAUUCAGCUCCCGUUAACAUCGAUGCUGUAGCACCCGAAGAACCUGCAGCACAAGAAGUUCUUUCGACAGAGGCCCUCACCGUUGCUUCUGACAACCAGCACGACCAGGAAAAUAUUGAAACAGAGAAUUUGACACCCGCUGUUGAACCCAAAACGCUUGUUUCUGAAAGCUUGGCGUCUGAGCCAGUUACCAAUGGAUCUCCUGCCAUUGUCUCUGAGUCUUCGGAACCGUCUCCCGAAACUGAGCAAGCUGUUGUCGAAGCAUCAAUACCCUCUGAGUCUGUCCCAGAGCCAACUAUGUCUCUUCCCGUCGCCAGCGAGGCCACUUCUUCAUCUGAGGUGGUAGCAUCUUCCUCAGCUGGAGAACCAGCUAAAGAGGAAUUUGCUGAUGUUGAUGCCAUUUUAUCAACGCCCGAAAGCGCCGUAGAACCGGCUGUUGUCGAACCGGCUGGCGAAUCUGCCGCUGUCGAACCGGCUGUCAAAUCUGCCGCUGUCGAAUCUGCCACUGUCGAACCUGCCGCUACUGACCCUCUCGUCGAAGCCAGCAUUGAGGUGCCUGAAGCCUUGAAGGUUGAGGAUGAUGUCGAAGAAGCUGACAUUACCAUCAACUCCACACCAGCUGAAGACCCGGCGGCUAUCGAAACUGAACAAGUGCCUGUGAUUUCGAUCAUAGCUGCAGAGCCUGCCUUCUUCGACGAAGAUUCACUUGAUCCCACUUCUCCAGAGGAACUCGAAGAUCUUGUUAGCCCCAUCACAGAUGUUUCGACCAUGGAUCCCGACGCAUCUUUCGCCACGAGUGGUCCGUUCGCUCUCGAGUCUGUCAUUUCAUCCAUUGGAGAAGACGAAGAGGAUCUUGCGCUGGAAGUUGACUCGAAGGUAUCGGAAGCAGAAGAGGAGGUACUCAACGGCAAUGGUAAUGGCCACCAUUUGGAGUUGCAAUCCAGUGUUUCAGACCUUGUAGAAGAUCAUGAUGAUCUCUCGCCUGUUGAGAAUGCUGCUGAGGCGGAUGAAUCUGGUAAUGGCAAAGUCCAUGUUGAUGCUCAACCAUCAAUUAUCGAAGUUCCUUCUGCUGGACCCGAAACCACUGUGGUUGUGAUUGAUGGCGAACAACAUGCAGAGAAAGUCGAUCUGUCCGCUCAACAUGAACCCAAAGAAGGUCAUGCAGAUGCUGCUGAGGCCACCGACCUGAUUGUUGCUUCGUCUACCUCCACUGAAGUCUAA